UCAACAGCCAAUAGAGCUCAUAGACAGCAGAAGACGGUGGAUUCCGUCUCUCUUCUGCUCGUUUAGCGUCGGGAAUGUGAUCUAGAAACACUUCGCUUAUCCAGUCUUUUAUUUUCUCGUCUGUUAUUCUGGAUCAGACCUCAGGCUCUGCAGAGACGCUUCACAUCACAGCAUUGCAGAUCAUGUGGAUGCAAAACCUGGCAGUCCUGUCCAAGAGCAGCGUGUUCUCCUUCAACUGAGUCUAGACCAGAAAACUGGACUUCAGGACUGUAGGAUUAUCUGAGCAUCACUAGCAGUGACUGGACUCCGUCUCAGAUCAUCUAUUUUGGAUUAUUCUGCUGAGGAGGAGUUACUCGACAUGAUUACUUCCAGAGCUGGAAUACUAGAGACUAAUCUAGUUUAUGUGGGCAAACUCAAUUACAGCGGCGGAUCCCUCAUGUGAACAGAGCAGCGUCUAAUUCGUUUUGCUGGAGGAUGUGCAUUGACUUCUGCAGUUUGUGUGCUCGUUCUUAAGCAAAAUUAAGAGUUUUGGAUCUUCACGAUGUGUUUUCAAUAGGAACAUUCUCUUGGAACAGUUUUCCCCUGUGUAUAUUGGGACAAAGUCUAUUGUGUUUGCUGUUGGUGUGGAGUUGAAUCAAAUGGCUCGACCCGGAUCUGGGGUUCUGGUUUCGCUGGGAGGCGGAUACUCGUCUCAGAGCAUGGCUAGGGUGGUGGUUUGGGAAUGGUUGAAUGAACACGGCCGCUGGAGGCCAUACAGCGCAGCUGUUUGUCAUCACAUCGAAAACGUCCUGAAGGGAGAUGCACGAGGGACAGUCAUACUGGGGCAGGUGGAUCCGCAGCUCACGCCCUACGUCAUAGACCUGCAGUCCAUGCAUCAGUUCAGACAAGACACAGGCACAAUGCGUCCUGUGCAGCGCAAUUUCUACGACCCGUCCUCGGCUCCAGGCAAGGGCAUCGUGUGGGAAUGGGAGAAUGACUGCGGCUCCUGGACGGCAUACGAUAUGGAGCUGUGCGUCAGCAUCCAGAACGCCUACGAGAAGCAGCACCCCUGGCUGGAUCUGAGCUCGCUGGGCUUCAGCUAUGUGGUGGACUUCGACGGGAUGUCCCAAACCAACCGGCAGAGCCAGAGGAAGCGUCGCAUCCGACGACGGAUGGACCUGGCGUACCCUCUCAUCGCCGGAUCCAUCCCCAAAUCCCAGUCCUGGCCGGUGGGCACCAGCUCGGGACUGCCUUGCACCUGCCAGCAGUGCAUGCUGGUCCACAGCACACGGGCCGUAUCCAACGCCAUCCUGGCGCUGCAGCAGAAGAGGAAGCUCUAUGGAACGGAGGGCGGAGCCACCGCCAUCGUCAGGCAGAGCAACACCUUCACUGGCUCCUCCCUCUGGUCGCCCACGACGACUGUUGUCAGGGGACACCAUAACAACAUAUCAGUGGGAGGCAGAGCAGGAGGCGGGAAGGUGGAGAUGAACGGGGUGAACUUCCCAUGCACCCCUGCGAUCGUGACGCUGCCGCCAAAACACGCGCUUACUAUUAACGGACAGAAUAAUCUGAACCGGCCGGGAACACAGAGGAUCACGGUGACGGCCAGCCGAGGGUCCAUCCCUCCUGGGGUUCCUGCACUUCCUGUGAAGAACCUCACUGGGUCUGGACAGGUUCAUCCUGCAUUAGCAGGGAUGACUGGGAUCCUCAUGUGUGCCGCCGGGCUCCCCGUGUGUUUGACUCGUGCUCCUAAACCCGUCCUGCAUCCACCGCCGGUCAGCAAGAGUGACCUGAAACCUGUGCCAGGGAUCAACAGCAUCCGGCGCAAGACCAAGACAAAGCACCUCCGAAAAGGUAAAAACCCGGAGGACGUGGUUCGGCGCUACACAGAGAAGAUCAAGACGGCUCCUGAUGAGGACUGCACCAUCUGCAUGGAGCGACUGAGCACCGCGUCCGGAUACGAGGGAGUGCUGAGCUACAAAGGCUCAAAGCCCGAGCUGGUUGGAAAACUGGGAAAGUGUGGCCACAUGUACCAUCUUCUGUGUCUGGUGGCCAUGUACAACAACGGCAAUAAGGACGGCAGUCUGCAGUGUCCCACCUGUAAAGCCAUCUAUGGAGAGAAGACCGGCACACAGCCUCCUGGGAAGAUGGAGUACCACGUGAUUCCUCAUUCUCUGCCUGGAUGCUCCGACACCAAGACCAUACGGAUCAUCUACGACAUUCCCGCUGGGAUACAGACCUCAGAACACCCAAAUCCUGGGAAAAAGUACAGCGCACGUGGAUUUCCUCGACACUGCUACUUACCAGACAAUGAGAAAGGACGGAAGGUGUUGAAGUUGUUAAUCAUGGCGUGGGAUCGUCGUUUGAUCUUCACCAUCGGGACGUCCAGCACGACGGGAGAGACGGACACAGUCGUGUGGAACGAGAUUCACCACAAGACCGAGUUCGGCUCCAACCUCACGGGCCACGGCUUCCCCGACCCCAACUAUCUGGACAACGUGAUGAGAGAACUGGCCGCCCAGGGCGUCGGAGAGGACAACCUGAAGGACUGAGGCUCGGUCCACACACACACUCACCACCAGAGAGACCUUUGACCUCUCUGGGAACAACGGUCCUCACUUACCCCAAGUGAGAGACGAGGAGAUGUGGAUGAUGGAGUGAUGAAAUCAAUAGAAAUUACUCUAAUCUGUUUCUCAUUUACUUUCUCAGCUCUCUUUCUCCCUCUCUACAGUAGCGACACUCUUUUUCCUAGGCUACCCAGAAUGCAUCUUGGCUCAGACCGGUGCAUGUGGUAGUUGUAUAUACACUCACAUUAGUGGUUGACCGACAUGGGUUUUUCAGUGGCGAUGCCUUUACAGAUAUAAUAAAUCAUAUCUAGGGCUGUCAAGUGAUAAUAAUAAUAAAAACAAAUCUAAUUAAUUACAUGAUCUGCAGAUUAAUCAGAGAAAUUCCCCCCAAAAGAUUAUUCAUUGUGUUAUAUGAAAAAAGGCUUUGAAUAAACAUUAUGAAAAGUAGCUUUAGAAAGAAAUAUUUUGAUCCAGUAUUGCGUAAAUAUUGCUAAAUGUUUUUCUUUUAAGUAUUUAUUUAGUAUUGGAAUAUGAAAUGGUUUUUAAAAAAGGAAAUUAAUUUGAAAGUAAAACUUGUAGGAGGCAGAAGCAAGUCACGGUCUUAAUGAGUGAUUCGUUGAAUUAUUCAUCCAACCGAUAAUUCAAGCCAAUGAUUCAGUCAGAAAGGAGUCACUGAUUAAUUCAAAUGAGAAAUAUCGCUAGCGACUGUUUUAAUAAAUAAUUGGCUCACUUGAUUCAUUCAAACAGCUGAUUCUUUCAGAAAUUAAGAAAGUGACUGUCUUUAUGAACGAGUCACUGAAUCAUUGGUUCACUUGAUUCAUUCAAACAGCUGAUUCUUUCAGAAAUUAAGAAAGUGACUGUCUUUAUGAACGAGUCACUGAAUCAUUGGUUCACUUGAUUCAUUCAAACAGCUGAUUCUUUCAGAAAUUAAGAAAGUGACUGUCUUUAUGAACGAGUCACUGAAUCAAUGGUUCACUUGAUUCAUUCAAACAGCUGAUUCUUUCAGAAAUUAAGAAAGUGACUGUCUUUAUGAACGAGUCACUGAAUCAAUGGUUCACUUGAUUCAUUCAAAAAGCUGAUUCUUUCAGAAAUUAAGAAAGUGACUGUCUUUAUGAACGAGUCACUGAAUCAUUGGUUCACUUGAUUCAUUCAAAAAGCUGAUUCUUUCAGAAAUUAAGAAAGUGACUGUCUUUAUGAACGAGUCACUGAAUCAUUGGUUCACUUGAUUCAUUCAAACAGCUGAUUCUUUCAGAAAUUAAGAAAGGGACUGUCUUUAUGAACGAGUCACUGAAUCAUUGGUUCACUUGAUUCAUUCAAAUGGCUGAUUCUUUCAGAAACUAAGAAAGGGACUUUCUUUAUGAACGAGUCACUGAAUCAUUGGUUCACUUGAUUCAUUCAAAUGGUUGAUUCUUUCAGAAACUAAGAAAGGGACUUUCUUUAUGAACGAGUCACUGAAUCGUUGGUUCACUUGAUUCAUUCAAAUGGCUGAUUCUUUCAGAAACAAAGAAAGGGACUUUCUUUAUGAACGAGUCACUGAAUCAUUGGUUCACUUGAUUCAUUCAAAUGGCUGAUUCUUUCAGAAACAAAGAAAGGGACUUUCUUUAUGUAUCAUUCACUGAAUCAUUGGCUCACUCGAUUAGUUCAAAAUCAUGGAUUCAUUCA